AACUGAUGAUAAGCCCAUUGUAGGUGGUACACACGCUGUUAGUCCUGGAAUACCCGGUGUAGGCGGUACGCUUGUCAUAACUCAUGAGAAGCCCAGUGUAGGCGGUACACACUCUGUUAGUCCUGGAAUGCCCGGUGUAGGCGUUACGCUUGUUGUAAGUCAUGACAAGCCCAGUGUAGGUGGUACACACGUUGUUAGUCCUGGAAUGCCCGGUGUUGGCGGUACGCUUGUCGUAACUCAUGACAAGCCCAGUGUAGGUGGUACGCACGCUGUUAGUGCUGGAAUUCCCAGUGUAGGCAGUACGCUUGUCCUAACUCAUGACAAGCCCACUGUAGGCGGUACACACCCUGUUAGUCCUGGAAUGUCUGGUGUAGGCAAUACGCUUGUCGUAACUCAUGACAAGCCCAGUGUAGGCGGUACACACCCUGUUAGUCCUGGAAUGUCUGGUGUAGGCGGUACGCUUGUCGUAACUGAUGACAAGCCCAGUGUAGGUGGUACACACGCUGUUAGUCCUGGAAUACCCGGUGUAGGCGGUACGCUUGUAGUAACUCAUGACAAGUCCAGUGUAGGUACUACACACGCUGUUAGGCCUGGAAUACCCAGUGUAGGCGAUACACAUGUUUCUCGUCCAGGAACACCCAGUGUUGGUGGUACACACGAUGUUAGUCCUGGAAUGCCUGGUGUAGGCGGUACGCUAGUCGUAACUCAUGACAAGCCCAGUGUAGGCGAUACACAUGUUUCUAGUCUAGGAACACCCAGUGUUGGUAGUACACAAGAUGCUACUCCCGGAAUACGCAGUGUAGUUUCUACACACGCUGUUAUUCCUGGAAUACCCGAUGUAGGCGGUACGCUUGUUGUAACUCAUUACCAGCCCAGUGUAGGCGGUACACACGCUGUUAGUACUGGAAUGCCCGGUGUAGGCGGUACACACGAUGUUAGUCCUGGAAUGCCCGGUGUAGGCGGUACACACGCUGUUAGUCCUGGAAUGCCCAGUGUAGGCGGUACGCUUGUCGUAACUCAUGACAAGCCCAGUGUAGGCGGUACACACGCUGUUAGUCCUGGAAUACCCAGUGUGGGCGAUAGACAUGUUUCUGGUCCAGGAACACCCAGUGUUGGUGGUACACACGAUGUUAGUCCUGGAAUGCCCGGUGCAGGCGGUACGCUUGUCGUAACUCAUGACAAGCCCAGUGUAGGUGGUACACACGCUGUUAGUCCUGGAAUACCCACUGUAGGUGGUACACAUGUUUCUGUUCCAGGAACUCCCAGUGUUGGUCCUGGAAUGCACGGUCUAGGCGGUUCGCUUCUCGUAACUCAUGAGAAGCCCAGUGUAGGCGGUAAACACGCUGUUAGUCCUGGAAUGCCCGGUGAAGGCAGUACGCUUGUCGUAACUCAUGAUAAGCCCAGUGUAGGCGGUACACACGCUGUUAGUCCUGGAAUACCCGGUGUAGGAAGUAUGCUUGUCAUUACUCAUGACAAGCCUAGUGUAGGCGGUACACACACUGUUAGUACUGGAAUGCCCGGUGUAGGCGGUACGCUUGUCGUAUCUCAUGAGAAGCCCAGUGUAGGUCGUACACACGAUGUUAGUCCUGGAAUACCCAGUGUAGGCGAUACACAUGUUUCUGGUCCAGGAACUCCCAGUGUUGGUGGUAAACACGAUGGUACUCCCGGAAUACUCAGUGUAGGUGGUACACACGCUGUCAGUCCUGGAAUGCCCAGUGUAGGUGGUACACUUAUCGUAACUCAUGACAAGCCCAGUGUAGGUGGUACACACGCUGUUGGUCCUGGAAUUCCCGUUGUAGGCGGUACGCAUGUCGUAACUCAUGAAAAGCCCAAUGUAGGUGGUACACACGCUGUUAGUCCUGGAAUGUCCGGUGUAGGCGGUACGCUUGUCGUAACUCAUGACAAGCCCAGUGUAGGUGGUACACACGCUGUUAGUCCUGGAAUUCCUAGUGUAGGCGGUACUCUAGUCGUAACUCAUGACAAGCCCAGUGUAGUCGGUACACAACCUGUUAGUCCUGGAAUGCCCGGUGUAGGCGGUACGCUUGUUGUAACUCAUGACAAGCCCAGUGUAGGUGGUACACACGCUGUUAGUCCUGGAAUACCCGGUGAAGGCGGUACGUUUGUAGUAACUCAUGACGAGCCCAGUGUAGGUACUACAGACGCUGUUAGGCCUGGAAUACCCAGUGUAGGGGAUAGACAUGUUUCUGGUGCAGGAACACCCACUGUUGGUGGUACACACGAUGCUACUCCCGGAAUACUCAGUGUAGGUGGUACACACGCUGAUAGUCCUGGAAUGCCCGGUGUAGGCGGUACGCUUGUCGUAACUCAUGACAAGCCCAGUGUGGGCGGUACACACACUGUUAGUCCUGGAAUUCUCGGUGUAGGCGGUACGCUUGUCGUAAGUCAUGACAAGCCCAGUGGAGGUGGUACACACGCUGUUACUCCUGGAAUGCCCAGUGUAGGCGCUACGCUUGUCGUAACUCCUGACAAGCCCAGUGUAGGCGGUAUACACGAUGUUAGGCCUGGAAUACCCAGUGUAGGCGAUAUACAUGUUUCUGGUCCAGGAAAACCCAGUGUAGGUGGUAAACACGUUGUUAGUACUGGAAUGCCCGGUGUAGCCGGUACGCUUGUCGUAACUCAUGAGAAGCCCAGUGUAGGCGGUACACACGCUGUUAGUCCUGGAAUGUUCGGUGUAGGCGGUACGCUUCUCGUAUCUCAUGACAAGCCCAAUGUAGGCGGUACACACGCUGUUAGUCCUGGAAUGCCCGGUGUAGGCGGUAAGCUUGUCGUAACUCAUGACAAGCCCAGUGUAGGCGGUACACACGAUGUUAGGCCUGGAAUACCCAUUGUAGGCGAUACACAUAUUUCUGGUCCAGGAACACCCAGUAUAGGUGGUACACACGCUGUUAGGCCUGGAAUGCCCGGUGUAGGCGGUACGCUUGUCGUAACUGAUGAUAAGCCCAUUGUAGGUGGUACACACGCUGUUAGGCCUGGAAUACCCGGUGUAGGCGUUUCGCUUGUCAUAACUCAUGAGAAGCCCAGUGUAGGCGGUACACACUCUGUUAGUCCUGGAAUGCCCGGUGUAGGCGUUACGCUUGUUGUAAGUCAUGACAAGCCCAGUGUAGGUGGUACACACGUUGUUAGUCCUGGAAUGCCCGGUGUUGGCGGUACGCUUGUCGUAACUCAUGACAAGCCCAGUGUAGGUGGUACACACGCUGUUAGUGCUGGAAUUCCCAGUGUAGGCAGUACGCUUGUCCUAACUCAUGACAAGCCCACUGUAGGCGGUACACACCCUGUUAGUCCUGGAAUGUCUGGCGUAGGCAGUACGCUUGUCGUAACUCAUGACAAGCCCAGUGUAGGCGGUACACACCCUGUUAGUCCUGGAAUGUCUGGUGUAGGCGGUACGCUUGUCGUAACUGAUGACAAGCCCAGUGUAGGUGGUACACACGCUGUUAGUCCUGGAAUACCCGGUGUAGGCGGUACGCUUGUAGUAACUCAUGACAAGCCCAGUGUAGGUACUACACACGCUGUUAGGCCUGGAAUACCCAGUGUAGGCGAUACACAUGUUUCUCGUCCAGGAACACCCAGUGUUGGUGGUACACACGAUGUUAGUCCUGGAAUGCCUGGUGUAGGCGGUACGCUAGUCGUAACUCAUGACAAGCCCAGUGUAGGCGAUACACAUGUUUCUAGUCUAGGAACACCCAGUGUUGGUAGUACACACGAUGCUACUCCCGGAAUACCCAGUGUAGUUUCUACACACGCUGUUAGUCCUGGAAUACCCGAUGUAGGCGGUACGCUUGUUGUAACUCAUUACCAGCCCAGUGUAGGCGGUACACACGCUGUUAGUACUGGAAUUCCCGGUGUAGGCGGUACACACGAUGUUAGUCCUGGAAUGCCCGGUGUAGGCGGUACGCUUGUGGUAACCCAUGAGAAGCCCAAUGUAGGCGGUACGCACGCUGUUAGUCCUGGAAUGCACGGUGUAGGCGGUAGGCUUGUCGUAACUCAUGACAAGCCCAGUGUAGUGGGUACACACGCUGUUAGUCCUGGAAUGCCCGGUGUAGUCGGUACGCUUGUCGUAACUGAUAACAAGCCCAAUGUAGGCGGUACCCACGCUGUUAGUCCUGAAAUACCCAGUAUAUUCGAUUCACACACUGUUAGUCCUGGAAUAUCGAUUUUAAGCGGUAUACAUGAUGUUAGUCCUGGAAUAACCGGUGUAGGCGGUACGCUUGUCGUAAAUCAUGACAAGCCCAGUGUAGUCGGUACACACGCUGCUAGUCCUGGAAUGCCCGGUGUAGGCGGUACGCUUGUCGUAACUCAUGACAAGCCCAGUUUAGUCGGUACACACACUGUUAGUCCUGGAAUGCCCAGUGUAGGCGGUACGCUUGUCGUAACCCAUGACAAGCCCAGUCUAGGUCGUACACACGCUGUUAGUCCUGGAAUGCCCGGUGUAGGCGGUACUCUUGUCGUAACUCAUGACAAGCCCAGUGUAGGCGGUACACAAGCUGUUAGUCCUGGAAUGCUCGGUGUAGGCGGUACGCUUGUCGUAACUCAUGACAAGCCCAGUGUAGGCGGUACACACGCUGUUAGUCCUGGAAUGCCCGGUGUAGGCGGUACGCUUGUCGUAACUCAUGACAAGCCCAUUGUAGGCGGUACACACGAUGUUAGUCCUGGAAUAACUUCUGUAGGCGAUACAAACGUUGUUAGUCCUGGAAUUCAUAGUGUUAGCGAUGGACACGUUGCUAGUCCUGGAAUAUCUAUUGUAGGAGGUACACACGAGGUUAGUGCUCGUGUACACAGUGUAGCUGAUACGCAUGUUAUAAGUCAGGCGAAAUCCCUUUUAAGCGAUAUACACGUUGUUAGUCCUGCAGUUAGUCCUACAAUAUCCAGUGUAGACGACACGCACGCUGUUAGACCUGGACUAUCUAGUGUAGGUGACAGACUCGUUGUUAGUCCUGGAAUACACAGUGUAGGCGACACGCACGCUUUUAUACCUGGAAUAUCUAGAGCAGGCGAUAGGCGAAUCCACAGUGUAGCGGAUAUUCUAGCCGUUAAUCCUGACAUAUCCAGCGUAGGCGAUAGGCACGCUGUUCAGCAUGGAACAUCAGUCGUUGGCAACAUACAUGCUAGUCAUGGAACAUCAGACGUAAGCGAAAUGCAUUCGGUUAAAUCUGGAACGUCAAUUAAAAGCCAUAUUGUAGCUCCUCAGUCUAGAACUUUAGGUGUUAGCAGCACCACAGAACAGUGGACUACGCAAACCGCUCCACCUAGCACCGUAAAUGGUUGGCAUAAGGAGGUUAUGCUGUGGACAUGGCCAUCGACAAGACUGACCACGGUUUGGACACCAUACUGGACGCCGCAGUGGACACCGAGUUGGACACGGGCAAUGAGAUUUAACUUUUGGUCUCAUGGUGGAGAUUAAACAAAUGCAGUUUACUACAUGUAUACAGAUAACCAGGUCAAAGAGAUUCUACCUACUAUGCUCCACGUCAUAAUGAUAGUAAUAGAAGGUGUAUAACCUAGUUAUCAUCAUGUUUGGUUAUAUCAAAACUCGCAAAUGACAAAACAAUAUUAACACAGUAAUACUAUAAAUGUUAAUGACACUUAUCACAAUGGUAGAUUCUCGAGAAAUAAUAUGAAGAUUUGUGACGUGUGAGGUUAUUUCUUUUGAACAUUUUCUUAUACUAACAUUAAUACAUUAAUGAGGCAUUGACUUUUGACUGGUUGUGAUGUUUUUUGUUUGUUUUAUUUAAUUUAUAUAACAUUUUGUGGUGCUUAUGGGGCUCACGUUUGGUAACAGACAUUGAACUCUUCAAUUAUGGUGCUUAUGGUUUUCUUGUAUUUUAUUAUUAUGUUACAACUAAUAAAUAUUUGUUUGUAAAAAUG